GAAAAGGUAUAUUCUAGAGUUAUGGAGUUAUGUAGUGUUAUGAGUUGUCCAACCUCAUAGCCUUCCACUAGGUGGCUGUAUGUACAUCCGAAGUUGCUUGCAAUCCAUUAAUAAUGAUAAGAAGAAGUUAGGGUUGGCCCUAAUCUUAUUUUUAAUUAAAAAAAAUAAAAAUACGGAUGGAUUUGCUCAUAUGAUUAUAUGAAAAUCUGUGUUUGUACCAUAUGAAAAUGUUUAAUAUUUGUAUUAGUAGUAAUAAUAAUAAAUUACGGAUUGCAACCGACAAAAGAUUAGAGAAGAAGAAGAAGCUUACGUCAUUCGACGCGACACUUUCCACGGUCGGAGCUGGUUCAAUGUCAAGAAGAGAGAGAACACAUAUCCCGGAGGAAGCGAAGGUCUUCCUCCAGAAAGCCUAUAAAGAAGGGAUGACCAGGGUGGGAUCUCCACUGGUUGGAGCGGCAUCCCAGGCCACUGGCUUGCCACCGUUUGUCAUUGAUAACUGGAUUGGAAACUAUAGAAGAAAAAAACCAUCUUCUUCUCAACCUAAAAACAAGAAGUUAUACACCAAGGACCUGUCUGGUUACAACCUGUUCUGCAGGGAUCAGUUAAAGAACAAGGGAAGCCUGAAAGAUAUUACGCAGAAAUGGUCCACUUUGGCAGAAGAGCAGAAGAGGCAAUAUGCGGAGGAGGCAGCAGCUCUAAAAGUUCAGCGCACUUCAGAUGACAUGAGCCCAGAUAUGCGAUGCCUGAAAUUGAAGAAGCACCUAAAGCAGAUGAAAAUAGAGGUUGCCAGUCUUGAGAAGCUUGGUGUAGAGACUGGUGUAAUGAUGUAUGACCAUCAAAAGCCUUUCUUAGAAGUCCUAGAAGUGAGCAGCAAAGGUGCUUCUUCGUUCUUCGACAGUACCGACGUACUGGACAACUUUGCACUGCAUUUCAAAGGAAAAUCAUCAUCUACUUCUGCUGCAAAAGAACCGGUUGAUCAAAUGGUUAAGAAAGUGCAGGGGCUCUUCAACAGGAAAUACAAUGAAGCGGGAGGCAGAGGAAGGCUCCCGUACAUCUCCAUUCAAAAUGAAAGCAUAAUUAUCAACGCUUUUGGUCUACCUGAUGGCAUCACUCUCAAAAAACCAUGCCACUAUGGACGUAAACAGUUAGAAGUCAUUUUAAAUAAUGCGGCGAACAUUUCCUUUAAAAUUAAUGAAAAGACUGUUGAAGAAUCAGUUGUAACAUCUGACACUGGAGUGGUGAUAACUGCAAAUGACCCCGGGAGGACAAUUAGGACACCAACUGUGGAAGACAUUUUGAAUGGAAUGUGUGCAAAUGAUGAGCGGAGCGUAACAGAGCCUAUGGGUUUGACGGAAGUGCUGUCAAGAGAACCGACUACACAUGAUACUACGGAUGUUUGCAACAUCUGCCACUGUCUGUUCAGUGAUGAUAAAAAAAAUGCCAAGAAGAAGUGGCGUGAGUGGCGACGUUGCAACACAUGUGAGCAGUGGUCACACCUGGCAUGUGGAUUCAAGAAAAACUUGUGUCGUCAUUGUCAGACCCCCUAGAAGUUGAGCCUUGUUAUGUCUUUCAAUGUUAGCAUUUCCUGUAGUUUGUCUUAAACAAUUGAUAAAUGUGCAAUGUUCAAUAAAAGCUUUUGUAUUGAAAA